UCUUCGCUCGCUUCUCACCGCCCGCGGCCUCUGUUCGUUCUAACUUCUAACAUUUCUUCGAUUCAUCUUUCUCUUCCUCCUCCAAGUGAUCGCACCAGUUUCCUUCCUCUUCCUGACGCUCUCUCCCCACUCGUCCUCUUCCAUCGUCCCUGAUCCGGACAACUCCUUUCUCUCCCCCAACGCAUCCUGACUCCGUCCCAUCCCCGCGCGCAGGAUCUAUGAUCCGUAUCUACCAUGGCUUCUGAUGCAGUCCCCAACCGACUGCAAUACCGUCACCUGGACCAAGCGGAGGUCGAGCUAGCCCAUCUCGACGGUGAUUCCGGUCCUCGAGUCAAUGGAUCUGGGGUUAGUAUCCCCGUCUCUUCUCCCUCCGCCGCCGAAGGUGCCUCGCCGACCAGGACAGGAAGUAGCUUGAAAACGCUGAUUCUUAGUUGCAUGGUCGCUGCCGGCGUUCAAUUCGGGUGGGCUCUGCAGCUCUCCUUGUUGACGCCUUAUAUCCAGACACUAGGAAUAGAUCAUGCCUUUUCUUCAUUCAUUUGGCUUUGUGGACCUGUCACUGGUUUCAUUGUUCAACCAUGUGUUGGGAUUUGGAGUGAUAAAUGCCACUCGAAAUAUGGAAGGAGGCGACCCUUCAUUUUUAUUGGCUGCCUCAUGAUUUGUUUUGCUGUUACCUUGAUUGGGUUUUCAGCCGACAUUGGUUUCUUUCUAGGUGAUACUGAUGAACAUUGCAGUACUUAUAAGGGUCGACGAUGGCGAGCAGCUGCUGUUUUUGUAUUUGGUUUUUGGAUGCUGGAUCUGGCUAACAAUACAGUUCAAGGUCCAGCUCGUGCACUUUUGGCAGAUCUUUCAGGUCCUGACCAGUGUAAUUCUGCAAAUGCAAUAUUUUGCUCUUGGAUGGCUUUUGGCAAUAUACUAGGGUUCUCGGCUGGUGCAAGUGGGCUUUGGCACAAGUGGUUUCCUUUUUUGACGACGAAAGCUUGCUGUGAAGUUUGUGGGAAUCUGAAGGCUGCUUUUCUUGUUGCUGUGGUUUUUUUGGUGUUUUGUAUGUCUGUGACUUUAUAUUUUGCUAAUGAGAUUCCCCUGGAACCAAAAACUGUGCUACAUUUAUCUGAUUCCUCACCUCUCCUGGAAGAUCCGGGACAGUACCAGGGCCAAUCUGGACAAGAUGGGGAGAAGAUUGAUGAUGGUCAAAUUUUACAUAUUAAUUCUUCCAUGGGUGGUAAAGGUGUAAUGGAAGAUUCUUUGGAAUUUGAGCACAGCAAUGAGAGCGAUAAAACUGUGGCCUUUGAUGAUGGACCUGCUGCAGUAUUGGUUAACAUUCUUACAAGCUUGAGACAUUUACCGCCUGGAAUGCAUUCAGUGCUACUUGUUAUGGCUCUUACUUGGUUAUCAUGGUUCCCUUUUUUCCUCUUUGACACUGACUGGAUGGGACGAGAAGUCUACCAUGGGGAUCCAAAUGGGGAUGUUACCGAACAAACUGAUUUUCAAACUGGUGUGAGAGAAGGUGCAGUUGGUUUGCUAUUGAAUUCAAUAGUUCUGGGAGUUGGCUCUUUCUUUGUUGAUCCAAUGUGCCGAAAAAUGGGGCCAAAAUUAGUAUGGGCUAUGAGCAAUUUUACAGUCUUUAUCUGUAUGGCUGCCACUACGGUCUUAAGUUUACUGUCUAUUAGCAAAGGCUCGAGGCAUAUUCAACAUGUAAUUGGAGGCAACAAUACAAUUAAAGUGGCUGCAAUGGUUAUUUUCUCAGUUCUUGGUUUUCCUCUAUCUAUAACCUACAGUGUGCCAUUCUCUAUGACUGCUGAGUUGACUGCUGGAACUGGUGGUGGACAAGGACUGGCUAUUGGAGUUUUGAAUCUUGCAAUCGUCGUUCCUCAGAUGAUUGUGGCGAUUGGUGCAGGGCCUUGGGACGCCCUUUUUGGCGGAGGAAACAUCCCUGCGUUUGCUCUAGCUACCAUCUUCUCUUUCGCUGCUGGCAUUCUUGCCAUUGUAAAGCUACCAAGUCUCAAUUCCCAUACUUCGGUCGGCUUUCAUGGGUUUGGUUGACUUCCUACCAACACAAGUUCUACAAGAGGAUUUUGUAUGUUAAUGCCUCAUCCCAUUCAUAUUCGUUCCAAUUUUCUUUUAUCAUUUAUAGAUGUAUCUAUGUUGAAUAAACAUUCUUCCACCUAUAAGAUACAUAGGGAGUUAAGAUCAAAUGCCCAUACUAGUCCUUUCACUCUAGGAUCAAUACUUGAAUAUGAUGAUUUUGUAUUAUAGCUAUUCUGUUAUCACACGCUUCUGCUGUAAGCGUUUUAAUCAAUUAGAAUAUCAAUUGGUAUCAA